AGGUAGUCGCUCAGGGUUCCGACAUUCUUUCACCGCUGCCUGUCCAACCCUCAUCUGUCCUAAUGUCUGACUUCACGGAGGAUCAGAUCCUUGAAUUUAAGGAGGCCUUCCUGCUCUUUGACCGGACAGGAGAUGGCAAGAUCAGCUACAGUCAGUGUGGGGAUGUGAUGCGUGCUUUGGGACAGAACCCUGUUAAUGCAGAAGUUCUCAAAGUGCUCGGCAACCCCAAAGCUGAAGAGUUGAACACUAAAAUGCUGGACUUUGAGCAGUUUCUGCCCAUGCUUCAGGCCAUUGCAAAGAACAAGGACCAGGGUUCAUUUGAGGACUUUGUAGAAGGCUUGCGAGUGUUUGAUAAAGAGGGCAAUGGGACAGUGAUGGGUGCUGAGCUACGUCAUGUAUUGACCACGCUGGGUGAGAAAAUGACAGAAGAGGAGGUUGAGACGUUGCUGGCAGGGCAUGAGGAUGCCAAUGGCUGCAUCAAUUAUGAAGCCUUUGUGCGCCACAUCAUGGCCGGCUGAGUGUAGGAACUCGUGAGGAUGGUAAUGAGCGGUUGAAGAUGAAAGAAAAAAAAUACAAGUUGACUUUAUUUCUUCCCUCCAUUCUUUAUGCACAUGCCCAUCUGUCUGUCCAUAGCUGCAUUGUAUUUUUUAUUAAGUGCCUUUGACCUGUUUGUGUUACAUUACCAUUCCUGAAACAGCCAUGGAAGCUUGUGUGUUACCAGAGUGUUUUUUGAAAGUUAUUACCAUGAACCAACCCCCAGUGGUCUGACUGAAUUGAAUUCCACUGCUUCCCAGACAUUUCCACCAUGUUGGUCCAACCAUUGUUUUAUCAUUGUGGAUUCACUGUAAGCUGUGGGAGGUGACCAAGUUUGUCCAUUUCAACAGUCUGUUAGUAGCUCACUUUGUGCCCCGUUCCAUUAUGUUGUAUUGUUGUAAAUUAAUAAAUUACUGAGGUUUCAAAAAA